CGUACGGGAAGAACCUCCGUAUCAUCCUCAGCCAGUCGAUCUUUUCUAUAAUACCCGAUUCGUCUCUUCUUCUAUAUCGACAGCUUUUUUCUUGACACUCUCCGCGUCACUUCUUUUUUCCUCCUUUCAUUUCAUCUUCUCCAUACAAUCACAAUGGCCUCCAACGGUUCCGUCCAGGUCCUCGAUCACACCAAGGCCCUCGAGGUCCUCAAGGAGUACAAGACUCUCGAUGGUCUUGACAUCCAUGAGCUCAUGGACACUGCCAAGCAUGGCGGUCUUACCUACAACGAUUUCCUCCUCCUCCCUGGCUACAUUGGCUUCCCUGCCUCUGCCGUUGCCCUCGACUCCAAGAUCACCAAGCGCAUCACCCUCAAGACUCCUUUCGUGUCUUCCCCCAUGGACACUGUUACUGAGCACGAGAUGGCUAUCCACAUGGCUCUCCAGGGUGGUCUUGGUGUUAUUCACCACAACUGCUCUCCUGAUGCCCAGGCCGACAUGGUCCGCAAGGUCAAGCGUUACGAGAACGGCUUCAUCGCCGACCCUAUUGUUGUUAGCCGUUCUACCACUGUUGCUGAGGCUAUUGCCCUCAAGGACAAGUGGGGUUUCGGUGGUUUCCCUGUCACUGAGAACGGAAUGCUCGGCUCCAAGCUUCUUGGUAUGAUCACCAACCGUGACAUCCAGUUCGAAGAAGACUCCAACGCCACCGUCGGCGAUGUCAUGUCUACCGAUCUCAUUACUGCUCAGGAUGGUGUCACCCUCGCUGAGGCUAACAAGAUUCUCGCCAAGUCCAAGAAGGGCAAGCUCCCCAUUGUCGACAAGGACUUCAACCUUGUGUCCAUGAUUUCUCGAUCCGAUUUGACAAAGAACCUGCACUUCCCCCUUGCUUCUAAGCUUCCUCAGAGCAAGCAGCUCCUCUGCGCUGCUGCCAUUGGUACUCGCCCUGAGGACAAGGUCCGUCUGCAAGGACUUGUUGAUGCUGGUCUUGAUGUUGUCAUCUUGGACAGCUCGCAGGGUAACAGCAUGUACCAGAUUGAGAUGAUCAAGUGGUGCAAGGCUGAGUUCCCCAACCUCGAUGUCAUUGGUGGUAACGUCGUUACUCGUGAGCAGGCCGCCGCUCUCAUUGCUGCUGGCGCCGACGGUCUCCGUAUUGGUAUGGGCAGUGGCUCUGCUUGCAUUACCCAGGAGGUUAUGGCUGUCGGUCGUCCCCAAGCUGCUGCCGUUCACGCUGUCAGCAGCUUCGCUGCUCGCUUUGGCGUUCCUUGCAUUGCCGAUGGUGGUGUCCAGAACGUCGGCCACAUUGUCAAGGGUCUUGCUCUUGGCGCCUCCACUGUCAUGAUGGGCGGCCUUCUUGCCGGUACUACUGAGUCCCCCGGUACUUCUUUCGUCUCUCGCGAAGGCAAGCUUGUCAAGGCUUACCGUGGCAUGGGCAGCAUUGACGCCAUGCAAGACAAGAAGGCUGGUGGCGGUGGUGCUGACAGCCAGAAGAGCAACGCUGGAACUGCUCGCUACUUCUCUGAAGGUGACAGCGUCCUCGUCGCCCAGGGUGUCUCUGGUGCUGUAGCUCACAGAGGAUCUAUCAACAAGUUCAUUCCUUACCUCGCUGCCGGCCUGAAGCACUCCAUGCAGGACUGUGGCAUGCAGAGCCUUGAGGAGCUUCACGCCUGCGCCGAGAACGGUACUCUCCGCUUCGAGAUCCGCACUGCCAGUGCUCAGCUUGAGGGCAACGUCAACAUGGAAUCCUACGAGAAGAAGCUCUACGCUUAAACACCGACGACGAAAUUAUGCUACGGAUGAAAAGGGAACGAAAAUAUAAAAGGUUUGGGAUGGGAGAUGGGAUGGGAUAUAUAUUUGAUUUUGAAAGCGUAUACUACGUACUGAACACAACGUUCUCGAUACCUGUUCUGGCGUUCUUUUAGAUUAUGAGGAGUCAUGACACUGUAAACUACUUAAAUAUAUUGUAUAAACUACCAGGCGAACUCUUGCCGCUGCAACUUUUGACUUUCUCUACGGCCAGGCCACCUAAUUAAGUUACCUCAUAAUGUCGUUGCACUCUACCAUACCUCGUGACAACUUUAUCGAGCAACCGGUUUGCUCAUAAUAGUAAUGUCAGGAACAACCACCUUCCCGCCACGCAGCUUCCUUGGCUGUGGCGAGAAGGGAUCGACUUCAAAUCCAAGUUUAUCAUAGAAUGCCCUCGCGUUCUUGUUGCUUACAAAACACGUGAGCAUAACUUUCUCCAUACACGGGAUAUUCUUAGCAGUUCUCAUCAUGUCGUCCAUCAACUUCUUCCCGAGACCCGUC